UUGUUUACUUUUUAUUUUGUUCUUGUUGAUGAUUGACAAUGAACUGAUUUUUUGAUUUCUCUCCAAAUCAUAAUUAGUUUUUUUACAAUUUUCCAUUUUUAAUCAUUCAUAAUCAAUUUCAUCAUGGAAUCUGGAUUGAUUGAAGUUUCCAAAGAAGUUUUAUCCAAACCAAAGGUUAAAGGUUACAUGGCGAUCGACGAGAAAGGUUUAUGUUUACAUUCUGAAGGAAUCAAUGAAAAUCUUUCAGGAAUAUUUUCUUCCAUAGCAAAUUCAGCUAAACUUUUGGAUUCUCAAGAUGAACCUGUCAUUGAAUUGGAAACUGACAAAGGAAAAAUUUUGAUCCAAGGAAAAGGAAAUAUUGUCACAACCAUUUACAAGACUAAAUAGUGAAUAUAUUUUUGUCUUCGUCGUUUUUUACUACCAUUUAAAAGCUCAUAUUGUUACUCUUUUCAUGUUGAUUACUAAAUUAAAUUGGUGAUCGACAUA